AUGUGUGGGCAACAUUUUGAGGAAGGCUCUAUUGUUGACUUAACGCCGGCUGGGUCUGUGCCGUGGAAAUCGCCGAUGUUUUUGAAUCGCGCAUCAACGGGAAUCACUAUAACACCUUUUACAGUCAUAACAAUUGCUACUAGAGCUGGACACAAGCCGGAUUGCUUCUUUUGUGAAACCCAAAUACAUAGUGAAAGGGCUUACUUUUGUCCUACCUAUAUAGUACAUAUUCAUGUGGUUUGUGCGUUGAAACCAAUACCCAUUAUUAUAGACCACUUUAAAAGGCAUUCCCACCCACUCACCUUUUUCCCCAAACAAGCUUCUUUAGCCUGCAAUAUUUGUGGUGUGAUAAAAAAAAGUAUUCCCACUUAUAUCAUCGCUCGAUGUGUUUUCGUUGUCCAUCAAGACUGUAUUUAUUUUCCCUAUGUCAUAAGAAUAUGUCGUCACCACCACCGUAUCUCUUUCACCUAUUCUCCUCUUCCAUCCAGAAACUUAUCUUGCGGAGUCUGUCGUCAUAAGGUUGACAACUGUUGUGGUGCCUGUUCCUGCAACAAGUGUGAUGAAGGUUAUUUUGUUCAUUCAAGAUGCGCUUUGCGGAAAGAUCUGUGGGAUGGGGAAGAACUCGAAGGAAAACCCGAAGAAAUUGAGAUAGUUCAUGAUCCAUUCGAGACGAUAGCCGACGGAAUAAUACUUCACUUUUCUCAUAGACAUCACCUAAAACUCGAGAUAAGCAGAGUUUAUGAUGAAGACAAGUAUUGUCAAGGGUGCGUUCUUCCUAUUUUCGAAGGUAAUUACUAUUCAUGUGUGGAUGAUCACUGUGACUUUAUCCUACAUGAAAGAUGUGUCAAUGCACCCCGCAAGAUACGUCAUCCUUUGCAUGCUCGCCCACUUACGCUUAAGGUUGUCACUAAUGAAUUUUAUGACAACCGAGGUUUCUUCUAUUGUAGUGCUUGUCAACGUGUUAGUAAUGGAUUCAUAUACGAGGACUCCAGUGAAGAAAAAUUUUUCUGGCUAGACUUACAGUGUGCCUUGAUUUCUGAACCGUUUGAAUAUGAAGGCCAUGAUCAUCCUUUAUUCCUAGCUCUAACCCCAGACGAAGAAAGGGGGGCAACACGUCAAAUCUGCCAUGAUUACAGUUGUGGAAAAAGUCGAAAGCUAAACUGCAUCGAAUGUGAUUUUAUUAUAUGCUUUGAGUGUGCUACUUUACCCUACAAGGCAAAGUAUAAGCAUGACAACCAUUCCCAUCAGCCAGAUUGGUGUGAAGCUUGCGAAAAAAAAAUAGUACAUCCAAAAGAAGGUGGGUUAUAUGCAUGCGAUGAAUACUGCUGCACUACUCCGGUGCCGGUCCAUAUUUGUUUGUCGCCUAAAGCGCACUAAUAAUGUUCUUAGUUACAAUUUUUUUUUUUGUAUUUUGAUGAUUAUGUAAAUAAAACAAUGUGAUAUAUUUGUUUUAAUAAAAAAAAAAAUUUCUUUA